AGCAGCAGUAGUAGUUCAAUUAAAUUAAAAAUCAAAUGGUUACAAAAUGAAGUACCCGUUGAAGAGGAUAAAAAACGAAUUAUUAUUCGAUCAAAAACUCGAGAGGAUAAAACAGUUGUAUCUGUGUUAGAAAUACGGAAAUUAGAAAUUCAUGAUCAGGGAUUUUAUACAUGUAUUGGAAUUGGAGGGACGUUAAAAAUUAAAUCGACUGGAGUUUUACAAGUUAAUGCUAAUUUAGGGAGUACUUCAGCACUUGGUGACAUACCAAAUUAUCAACCACUGUACACGGAUGACAGCCUAUCCAGCAGUACCACUAACACAUUUCAAUCCACUGUCAUUCCACCCAUAAUUGAUAAAAUUGAAGUGGAGUCAACAAUACCAAAUUUGGAACGGACUAUGUUACAUUCAAAAACAAUUAUUGAACCCAAUUUGGAUCAAACAAAUUUAAAUUUAAAUGAAAAAAUUAAUUUUACGUUAGAGCCGAUUUGCCAAAUUUACACAGGACAGACAUGUUCUAAAUUUUUACAAAAUCAAACUGUAUUCGUACAACCGCCACAUUCACAGGCACAAAUUGAAGAGAAGCUAGCGAAAGCGUUUCUUGUUAUUAAACAUUCAAAUGACAUUUCCGUAACAUGUGAAUCUUACGCUCUACCUAGUUUAUGUUAUUCAGCAUUUCCCAUUUGUAUGACCCCGGAGGAAACAAAUAGUAAAUUUUUGAAAAGUCAUAAAAUCAAAGUACGUAAUACAAUUUCAAAUGAUGCACAACAAAUUUCUUCGGCGGGAGUUCUGGAAACGGAAAUGGAUAAUAUUGAUGAUGAUCAAACAUUAUUAAAACGUAUCAAACGUAAUAAUAAAAUUGUUGAAAAUAAUUUUUUAAUAAAAAAAUAUAAACGUGAAUUUGAUAUUGGUCCAUAUGAUUUGGAUAAACGUAGCAUACAAAUUACAGCACGUCCACAACAAUUUAAUUUUACAAAUUUACGUAAUGAAAUCCCAUUGAAACGCAUCUGUCAAGAGGACUGUGAAGUUCUGGAAAAUGAGUUAUGUCGGGUGGAGUAUGCUAUAGCUAAACGGCAUCCUUUAAUUGGACAACGUAUUCCGUUAGAAGAUUGUUCAAAUUUAUCCAAUUUAAAUGCGGAAAAUGCAUCGAAUUGCCUAUUAAUAGGAAUUGAUCGGAGUCAAAGUGUUCAAGUUGAUGAUACAUGCUAUUGGGGUACUGGACAAGAUUAUCGUGGAGAUAUUGAUGUAAGCGCAUCAGGACGUAAAUGCUUAAAAUGGGCAUUUCAGUUUUAUUAUCAUUUAACAACAUAUUCAGAAUUAGCUGGUGGACAUGCUUAUUGUAGGAAUCCCGGUGGAACUGAAUUAGAACCAUGGUGCUAUGUAGAACAAAAUGAAAAAGAAUUUUGUGAUGUUCCCAAAUGUGUAAAUCGUAUUUGGAUGUACAUAAUUUUUGGAGUUGUAGUUUUAAUUAUUGUAGUAUCAGCGUUAUGCUCACUAUUCUGUUGUCAACGUAUUAAAAAACGUAACGCACCAAAUCUGCAAAAUAUGGCUGUACCAAGUGCUGAUAAGAAUAUUUAUGGUAAUUCACGAAUGCAUAGUCCGGUUGAAGUUAAUUCAUUAUUGCCAUCGAAUAGUAAUUCGAAUCAUCAUUCAUUUCCACGUGGUGCUGGUAAGCAGAAUAAUACGAAGAAUCAUUCGCAACGAAUACCGUCAUAUUCAUUGAAAGAAGUCAAUUUUGUACAGGAAUUAGGAGAAGGUGCUUUUGGUAAAGUCUACAAAGGCAUACUCAAAACAAAGGGGGAAAAGGUGGAUGUAGCCGUAAAAGCAUUAAAGGAAAAUGCAAGUGCCAAAACUCAAGCGGAUUUUAAACGUGAAAUUGAUUUGAUAUCCGAACUACGACAUCCAAAUAUUGUAUGUCUGCUAGGUGUUAUAUCAAAAGGUGAACCGAUUUGUAUGUUAUUCGAGUACAUGGAACAAGGUGACCUACAUGAAUUCUUAAUCAAUAAUUCACCGAAUGAGGGGAAAACUUUAACACAAGUGGAAUUUUUACAUAUCGCUAUACAAAUUGCAUCUGGAAUGGAAUAUUUAUCUGCCCAUCAUUAUGUUCAUAGAGAUUUAGCAGCUCGAAAUUGUUUAGUUGGGAGUGAAUUAACUGUGAAAAUAUCUGAUUUUGGAUUAAGUCGUGAUAUUUAUAGCUCGGAUUAUUACAGAGUUCAAUCAAAGUCAUUAUUACCAGUGCGCUGGAUGCCACCAGAAAGUAUUUUAUAUGGAAAGUUUACAACCGAAAGUGAUAUUUGGUCAUUUGGUGUUGUAUUAUGGGAAAUUUACAGUUAUGGCUUACAACCAUAUUAUGGCCAUAACAAUCAAGAGGUUAUAGAUAUGAUACGAAGUCGUCAAUUAUUACCAUGUCCAGAUCAAUGUCCAUCGUAUUGCUAUGCAUUAAUGAUUGAAUGUUGGUGUGAGCAAGCAAUACGUAGACCUAGUUUUACGGAAAUUUGUUAUCGAUUAAGAAUGUGGAAACAAAAUAGUAGUAGCAGUAAUCAAGGAUCAUUACAAAAAAAUAUUGAAAAACGUACACCAAUCACACCACAUAAAUUUAACCACAAUUCCAAACCCACCCCAGGCAGUGGAGGUUCAUCAAUCAAUAUCGAUUUAGAUGCACCGUCAGUAUCAUUUUCAUCCACAACAAAAUCAUCAUCAGAAAUGAACAAUCAUCACAAUCCAAUUCGACUAAUCACCACAAAGGAUCAAUCAUUUGAGAAUUUAGCUGAGAGUAUAUCAAGUCGUAGCUCAAAAAAUUCAAAUGUCUCUAGUUUUGGUACACAUCGUACACAAAGCACAAAUUUAAGUACAGAUUGUUCAAGUCCGUCACGUACAAAAGGUCAUCCAGGUCAUAGUAAAAAUUCAUUUUUAGAUAAUAAUAAAAAAUCAUCGAUUUUAUUUGAUACAUCAAAUUCAUCAGAUCCAAGUGUUGUACAUCCGCUAUUAUCCGCUCAAAAUAAUUCAAAAGUGCCUCAAAUGUAUAAACAGUCAACGUCUGGGUCAUCUGUUGGAAGUGGAGUGCCAUCAUUUGAAACAAAAAAAAUUUUAGUGCAAUCGAUGGGUGGUGAAAAUUAUGAAACUAAAUUGUCUUAUUAAAUGAAAAGUCUUAAACGUUUUUUUGAGAUAUCUAAAAUGACUCAUAUGUUUAAAAUUAACUCCGCAGCUUUUAUACAAUUUUUUUAUUCGUUAGUUAGUUGUGUUCGUAUUUAGUGC